GACAGCACGCGGUGGACGCGUUUUGUGGCGGACCUUCCAAGUUACAACUACGAGAGACUGACCCUUUUUCGUUUCCACACCCAUUCUGCGAGCGUUUCAAUUCAUUCAGAAUCCGAUGGCUAAUCACGACGACAAGAACGAUAACCACGAGGAAUCGAGCCCGCUCUUGGGCAAGCAGGUGGGAGAAGAGGAUGCCAAGAAAGCCAGCAAGCCCACCGACGCCAAGGCAGACACCGCCACGGUCACAGUCGGCAAAGCUCCGGCUCCGGCACCCGGGAAUUUCGGCGGGUACGGAUGGACCGCCGACGGAUUGCCUUUGGGGCACGGGAGCGUGGUGGGCGAGCCGAUGGGCCGGGCCCACUGGGACUCGAGCCUCUUCGCUUGUCUUGGACGCACCGACGAGUUCUGUAGCAGUGAUCUUGAAGUUUGCCUUCUUGGAAGUGUGGCUCCUUGUGUGCUGUAUGGAAGCAAUGCAGAGAGAGUUGCAUCUAGUCCUGGGAGUUUUGCAAGUCACUGCUUGAGUUACACUGGUCUAUUUUUGCUUGGAAAUUCCGUCUUUGGUUGGAACUGCCUUGCACCAUGGUUUUCAUCCGCUAGCCGUACUACCAUUCGUCGGAAGUUCAACGAACAGGGCAGCUGGGAGGCACUUCAUAGGUCAUGUGGGUGCUGCGGAUGCUUUCUGGAGGAUGAGGCGCAGCGUGAACAAUGUGAGACUGCAUGUGAUUUUGUAACUCACUUCUGCUGCCACACGUGUGCUCUUUGUCAGGAAGGCCGUGAGCUCCGUCGUAGGUUGCCUCAUCCAGGGUUCAAUGCUCAACCAAUCCUGGUUAUGAUUCCUCCUGUGGAGCAGAGCAUGGGCCGUGGGGCCUGAGAGCUUCCUGGCGUGAAAAGUUGUCCUGUCUAUAUGGUACUGGUGCGAUAUGAUAUUGUGUAAACUGUAUUGGGGUUAUCUGAUCUGCAUCUGAAGGCCCUCCUGCUUCGUUUGGGUAAAACACCCAUAAAUAAUGUAGACUUCACCUAUAUUUCCUGUUUAUGAUUCGUGAUGUUUGUGGA